AUGACGGGGCGUGGCCACGUCCGAAUCGCAUCUCACACGGCCGUGUCCUCCUCCCCGUCCCGCCCCGGCGACUUCUACAGCGACAGACGUCGAGGCACGCUCCCAGCAGGAGGCGUCGUUGGGCUCUCCAUGCUGCGACCAACGCCGUCCGGGACUUGGCUCCCGUCGUAUAUCCCAGAGUCCACGUCGACCUUGUCCGUGCUGCUCUUGCUCUGCUCCGUGGCCCAAUCUACCACCGGCGGGUACGACGGGUCCAUGCUCAACGGGCUCAACAUGUUGCCCUCGUACGCCGAUUACUUCGGGCUCACGUCUGCGACGCGGGGCCUCAACACGGCCUCCAUCUUUAUCGGAGGCUUCUUCGGCCCCGUGGCCGGCGGAGUCAUGUCGGACAGUCUGGGGCGCCGGCCGGCGCUCUUCUGGGCGUCCGUCAUCACCGUUGCCGGCGUCGCCCUUCAGACUGCCGCGCGCAACGUGGCCAUGUUCGUCGUGGGCCGCAUCGUCCUCGGCUUCGGCGGCGGCAUCAGCUACGUCGCCGCCCCCGUCUAUCUCAGCGAGACCUUUUCAAGUCGCUGGCGCCCCUGGGGGGUCGGCGUAUGUAUCCCCCGUCCCCGUCCUCCCGUCGAGGCUCCUGGCUCGACGCUGGCUGACGCGCGGCCCAAGCUGCUCAACAACUUCUACUACGUCGGCGCCCUGGUCGCGGCCGGCGUCACCCUCGCCACGGGCAGGUGGGAUUCCACGUGGGCGUGGCGGUGUCCGUCCCUGCUGCAGAGCGUCUUCUCCCUCGUCUGCGUCCUCGUCCUCCCCUUUGUGCCCGAGUCCCCCCGAUGGCUGGUCCGGCAGGACCGCUACGAGGACGCUCGGCUGGUCGUGGCCCAGACCAACGCCGACGGCGACGUGGCCGAUCCGGUGGCCAGCGCGGUCUACCGCGAGAUCCUCGACACUCUGGAGCGGGAGAAGAAGCGGGCCCGGGCCAUGAGCCCCGUAGAGAUUGCCAGGAACCCGGUGGCGAGGAGACGGGUGCUCGUCGGCGCCUCUGCCGGGCCGUUCUCGUGCGUCGCCGGCAACGUCAUCGCGUCGUACUAUCUCGGGAGCGAGCUGACCACGGCGGGAGUGACGAGCCCCAGCGACCAACUCAAGGCUAACGUGGUCCUGAACGUCUGGUGCCUGGCUUGCUGCCUCGCCGGCACGCAGCUCGCCGCCUCGUGGGGACGGAAGUCGACGGCUCUCGUCUCGCAGGCACUGCUGACGGCCUGCCUCUUCGUCAUCGGCGGUCUUUCCAAGAUGUACGCCGACGACCCGGGCGGCGCGCCGCAGAGCCUCGUCUACGGCGACGUCGCGGUCAUGUUUCUGUUCCAGGGCUUCUACUCCGUUGCCUGGACGCCCUUGCUGCCCCUUUACCCGCCCGAGGUCAUGGACUACCCGACUCGGGCCAACGGCGUCGCCUUGUCGGCGUUUACGUCCAACGGUCUGGCCAUGCUGCUCGUCUUCGUCAUGCCCAUCGGCCUCGACACCAUCGGCUGGAGAAUGUACAUGAUUAAAGGAUCGUGGGACGUCAUCACGUUUCUCCUCAUCGCAGUGUUCUGGGUCGAGACAAAAGGCAAGACCCUGGAAGAGAUGGACGCCAUUUUCGAACCGGAGAAGCAGCCGAGGUCGAGCGUGCCGGCCGUGGAAGACGCGAGGCCGAGGCCGGGGGGAGGACGGGAGCAGGACGAGGUCUGA